AUGGCCAAACGAAAGCGUGAUGCCCCAGAAGGCGAUGAUUCAUAUAACUGGGGUGAUAAAAAACUCAGACUCCAACGACUACGCCUGGAACAAAAGGUUCAACAUGGCGUGGUGUUGCUCCAUCGUGCGCUCAAGGUCGCCAGAGGAUUCGAACGACAGAAGCUGGGGAGGAGGGAGAAAACUGCGAGACAGGAGAGUGACAGAAUGCUAUUGAAUCGGCAUAUGAACGAAGUUGAAGCUUUAAAGGCAUUGGAUUUACAUAAAACCGCCGAAAGAUACCUAAUCAAGCAAAUGACGAAAACAAAACGAAUUGCAGAAUCUCCUGCGUUCAUCCACCUGAAACUUGCAGACCGUAUAGCUAAGAACGAAGAAAAAAAGAGCGAUGCCGAAGCUAAUGUUACAGCUCGCCUGUUCAACUCUAACCCCGUCAAGAAAGUCUUUCCAGGGCUAAUGAACGAGAUACGCGAUAUACUUGGUUUAUCUGGAGAUCAGCCGCCGAAGAAGAAGGGUACAAUAGGGGAUGAUAAACAGCCUACGCAACCUGCGGAUGAGGAUGUAGAGAUGAGCGAUGAUGAAGGAAUAAACGAGGAGUCGGAUGCCUCUCAAGGAAGUGAAGAAGAGGAUUUAUCCCGCUUUGACGGGCUAGUCGCAUCUGGUUCAGAUGAGGAUGACGAGAGCGCCCAAGAAGAGGAUGAUAUGCCAAAACCCACGACAGCAAAAUACAACCCAAUCGCCGAUCUAUCACUAUCUCCCACACCAUCAAUUGCAUCCGAUGAUUCCGCUGAGAUCACUACCAAAACCUCCAAAACAAAACAAAAAUCUACGACUGCUACGACGGCUACGACGUUCCUACCUACGCUCAUGGGAGGUUACUGGUCUGGCUCUGAAUCCGAACCGGAAAACGACGAUCCAUCCGCGCUCCCAGUACGGAAGAACAGGAUGGGUCAACAAGCGCGACGGAAGUUGUGGGAGAAAAAAUACGGCGCCAGCGCCAAACAUAUCCAAAACCAGGCCAAGGAACAAUAUCAGAGCAAAAAUCGUGAUAGCGGUUGGGAUAUGCGGCGAGGCGCUACGUCUCAGGAAGACACAAGAGGGAAGUACGGCAGAAACAAGAUACCUGGUGGUAAACGACGUGAAGUAGUGAGAUCGUCUGCGCCACAGGAACAGCCCGCGAGGCCUGCGUCCAAUUUUAAGAAGCCCAACGAUGACAAGCCACUUCAUCCUUCAUGGCAAGCUGCGAUGAAGCGCAAGGAAACGAAGACUCAAGCUGCUUUUCAGGGGAAGAAGGUUGUCUUUGACUAA